UUGUUUGUAAAACAAGUGAGUUGGAGUGAGACUGAGAAGAGGAGAAUGGAAAGGCAGAAAGAUAAGAAGAUGAAGAUUCUAUGCCUCCAUGGAUUUAGAACCAGUGGGAGCUUCCUGCAAAAGCAAAUUAGCAAAUGGGAUGCUUCUAUCCUUUCUCAGUUUGACAUGGAGUUUCCAGAUGGGAAGUUUCCUGCUGGAGGAAAAUCUGAUAUAGAAGGCAUCUUCCCACCUCCUUAUUUUGAGUGGUUCCAAUUUGACAAGGACUUCACAGAGUACACAAACUUGGAAGCAUGCAUCUCUUAUAUAUGUGACUACAUAACAAGCAAAGGCCCCUUUGAUGGUUUGCUUGGUUUCUCUCAGGGUGCGACACUAUCAGGACUCUUGUUAGGCUACCAAGCUCAGGGAAAACUGUUGAAGGAGCAUCCAGCUUUCAAGUUUUUCAUAUCGAUAUCAGGAUCAAAGUUCCGAAAGCCAAGUAUCUGUGAGAUUGCCUACAAAGACAGAAUCAAGGUCAAAUCAGUCCAUUUGAUAGGAGACAAAGAUUGGUUAAAACUACCUUCUGAGGAGCUUGCUUCUGAAUUUCACAACCCCCUCAUCAUAAGGCACCCACAAGGGCAUACUGUCCCAAGGCUAGAUGAAGUAGCCACCGAACAGUUACGUGAGUGGACUAAGACAAUCAUCCAAUCCAAUACUGGUACUACUCCUCGUCCUCCUUUAGAUAGUAAUCAUGAACUGAAAAAUGGAGAAGCCAAAAGUCCAGUAGUUGCAGCAUCAUGUAAUAAGGUACAAAACGGCCAGCUGGAGACAAGUGGAGUACUUAACACAGAGAAAACAGAGAGAGAAGUCGAGGCAGUCCAAGCAUAAUAUCAAACUAGAAAGAGAUUUCCUCGCUCUUUUGCUUUGUAUUUACUUUUCCUGGUCGAUCGUCAGAAUCAUGCAGGAUCCAAAUUGACCAGUUCAGUAUCAAUAUAUGUACGCAUAGUGUAUUCCUUAUCUUGAGUCAUCUCGCCAACUUCUAUAAGGCAAUGUACUUUAAAUAAACGUGUAAUGAAAUUAACGGUGUGAAAUUUUCUUA